AUGGCAGGAAAGAAGCUUGUUGAAAUUGAAAGAACAGGAAAGAAGGUGCAGGAAACAGGAAAAAUAGUCAUGGGUCUAAUAAAGAAGCUGGGGUAUGGCAAGACAGGGGGCGAGGUCAAGCCAAUACCGAAGGCGCCCGUGCUCUUGUAUCAAGACAGAAGUAAGCUUCAGAAGGAGCUAAAGAAAGAGGUAAAGAAGCUGCAGAUGCUCAAGGAAAUGCUGAGAGGUGGGCCAAAGGAAGACAAAAUAAAGGAAGAGAUUGAAAUAUACAGAAAGGGCAUUGAGGUGAUGAUUGAGAUGGAGGCUGCUGUAGCGAGUGCACUGGAUGAGAAAGAAGAGGCCUUUAAAAACGCAACAGAAAGCGAGAAAAUAUCCGAUGUUUUAAAGAAUGUGGAGCUAGAAAUAAAAACAAAAAAAACACAAAUCACUGCAGAAUAUAUGAAGAGCCUACUGAAGUAUGCAGUGGAAAAAAAGGAGCCCUUGCACAGCUACUUAAAUGAUUAUUAUGAUGGAAAGGCAUCAAUUGUUGACUUUGUAAAUAUUCUAGAAAACUGCCAGAAGGUGCCUGCUGAAAGUGCAGAGGCUAAACCGAAGGCGGUCCCAGGCGGCCCUACAGGGCAGAAUGCCUGGGGCGAGAAGCCGAAAGAGAGCCCAUUUGCAAGAAUUGUAAAGAGGAUAGAGAGCAUAUCGGUUGCCAUGCCGGUCCAGAUGAUCAACAGCAUGCGCAACUACCUUAACUACAACAGCAUAGCCAUGCACCGGGAGGAAGGGGGCGACGUAAUAGAGCACUUCCCCACUAAAGCAAGUAUUCUCCUGAGCGGCCCUGAGUUCUACCAGAAAUUAGACAUGGACACGCUCUUUUUUAUCUUCUACUUCCACCAGAACACCCCGUGCCAGUACUAUGCUGCGCGCGAGUUGAAGAACUAUUCAUGGCGGUACCACACAAAAUAUAUGGCGUGGUUCCAAAGACUGGAGGAGCCCAGCAUAAUUACAGAGGAGUAUGAACAAGGAACGUACAUCUUCUUUGACUAUGAGGUCUCGUGGAGCAGCCGAAAGAAGGAGAACUUUCGGUUUGAUUACAAAUAUCUUGAGGACACCACUUUGUAA